AUGCCACCCUCCCCUGACUCCGCAAGCUUAUCAUCCAACACUAGUCCCUCCAUUGACCAAUUCCGAGCGACAUCCCAAUCGCUCUCAACCACCCAAUCAGACCCAUCGCACCUUGAUCAGGGAUUAGAAAGUUUGAGCAAGCCAAACCAGACGCAGUGCAGUGCACAUCAAACAUACAUGACCGAACACCUUGCGCUAAUCGCGCCUUCUCGGCGACUUCCCCCAGAGCUUUGGGUCGAAGUUUUUACACGUUGUUCAAAAGGAGCCCCAUGUAGCAUUGUCCCCUCUGUGGACGACAGUUUCGACGCAAAGGCCGGCCCCCUGCUGCUGACCCACGUAUGCAGCUGGUGGCGUGCUAUCGCGAUAUCAACCCCCGCGUUAUGGACAACAAUACGACUGGUGCUGGCCAUGCCCCAGGCGGCUCAUUUAUCUGACCUGGUUGAUAUGUGGAUUGCGCGAUCUGGUACUCUUCCACUGAAGGUGGCAGUCCUUGAGGCGGGGAACGGUGGAUUUCGUUCUGCAGUCAAUUGGGAGGGACAUACCGCUCUCAAAAUCCUUGUUGGUCAAUCGAAUCGAUGGGCGGAUGCUUCGCUUGACCUUGCCCCGUACGAUCCCACGUGGCAGGCAUUCAAAUUCAUGAGAAACAAUUUAUCUCAGCUGCGCAGCCUUUCCAUUGACACUACUCAAAGAUCAUGGCCGACCGAUCUGGCUAUAGACAUCUUUGAAUUUGCGCAUCAGUUGUCAUCCCUUGCCUUGAACACCUACAACCCCUAUAUCCUGCUCAAGAUACCAUUGCUCAAUCUGACCUCCUUCCAUAUUCACUGGCGUGGUGGUAUUUCAUUCCAUCCUCUCGUUUUUGCAAUGAGAUCAAUGCCCAAUCUUCAAAAAUGUGUCAUUCUUUGCAAUUCAUCCUUCCAAGUCAGCGUAACCCUUCCCGACACCGCUCUUUUACACUUGACUUCCUUGACGAUAAUUUUACAACAGCCAGAUGCUUUAGCGGCAGGAUUUGAUGUUGGGAAAAUGCUCGGUGCACUUUGUCUUCCAUCCUUAUCAGUCCUUGUCCUUCGAAUCGAAAAUUUGCCAUAUUACAAGGCCCCUUGGGACCAAGAAAUCUUCAUCGAAUUUAUUCGCCGCUCUCCUGCGCUUUCCCGAUUAGCUUUGAAUUAUAGUUCAAUAUCCAAUCCACAACUUGAGGAAAUAUUGCAACAAGCUUCAACCAUCCAGCAUCUCUCUAUUGAUACCCCGGACGUUCUUAUGCAGAUCGCACAGACCCCUCUUCUACCAAAUUUACGGUCCAUCGAUGUCACUUGCGAUGAAAAUGCAUUCCCACAAAGUCUACUUCAUCUGGUGACGAGUCGGGGGUCGACUCAUGGCGGAGGUCACCCUUCUCAUCUGAGAGCUGUCACUCUCCGUUACAUUAGACCUACCGAUGAGCUGCUACGGGAGGAGUUCCUAAAAGAAGAGAAGAAGUUUAUAGAGCUUUGUUGGCGACACAACGUCUGUCCCUGCAUUGAACGACCGAUUCUUUACGAGGAGUUGUUCGACGUGUCGAUUGAUAACCCAUUUCAUUGAUUCUUAUAAGCGAUAUACACAGAAGUAUGUCAUGUUAGAAUUCAGUGGGAAUAAC